AUAAUGUUGUUAAAUUGAUUAAAAACAAUUAAACUUGACGUAAUUAAAGUUAUUUUAUAGAAAUUAUACUGUUUUUUUGGUGAAUUGUUGUUAUUUUCCAUUAAAAAAUACAAAUAAGAAAAAUUUGCAUUGUGCAAUGGUGGGUUUAGUGCAACCAUCGAAAUAUGGCGAACAUUUUCAUGAAUUGUAUACAAAUGGAGCUGAAAGAAAACUACAAGAAACCAAAGGAGGUUCAAAGCGGAACAACAACAAAGACAAAAAAGCCGCCGAGAAUGUGGUAGACAAUGAGCAACUCUACCCCGCCUACUCAUUGGCUCACAUUGAACUAAAGCCAAAUUCAUCAAAAUUUACAGUCUUUUCAGCUAUUCGAUCAGCUGUCCUAGAAGCUGAUGCAAAAUAUGCUCUAUUCCAGGACAAGUCUUCUUCUUCGAAAAAGAUCAAAGCAAUAUCAUCUUGCUGUCUGAUAUGCACCAAUGCAUGUUUAUCCAACAACUUAAUCGAAUGUUCUUGUCACAGCAAUGAAAAACGCAAUGCUGGUGGCGCUGAUUCAGUACAUAGCGAUGGUGAUACUGAAACCGAUGAAGCCAUUGAAAAAGAAGUGCAAAUAGCUAAGGUACCACUAAUUGUUGGUGCUGGUUUACGAAGUCUCUUUGAACUGAUUGGCGAUGCUAGAAACAUUCAACCAAGUAUUUGCACAAAAGCUCUAAAAGCAUUAUUUGAUGUUAUUCAAGGACAACAGCCUGAAAGUUUUAAACUUGAACCAGAUGAUCUUAUAAAUCCACUCUACGAUCUACUUCUUGAUCUAGCUACUAUGUGCACAUCUUCGGGAGGACAACAAACAUCGCAUUCACCCAUGUAUGAAGCGAGUUGGUCAAAUAUUGCUUGCUCAUCGUUAAUCGGGUUAUGUAUUGCUCGUGGCGAUACUGGAAAGAUUCUCAAAGCCAUUGCUGCUCUCUUAAAGUCUCCAAAGCAAUUGUCGGCUCAGAUCAUUAAGCUGCCAUUGGUUUUAUUUUCUCUGCAGCGAACUGUUAUGAGUGCUGCGUUAAAUAAACCCAUUCGCCCAGAUUUUCAUUCGCAUGGAGUGCCUCAAAAUUGUUUGGUUGAUGAGUUUUCAUUAAGAUCGAUCUUAAACACCACAACACCAUUGACUUCGAUUCAACCAGCAAUGGCAUCCGAUGGAACAUUCAUCUAUCUUUUGUACCGAACUUGCCUUUUGAAAAUCGGCACUGGAUUCAAUGGGUCCUUUAAAGGUCAUGUCUAUGCGAACAAUACCGAAUUCGGAAAAGAAGCAUGUGGUUGGUUGGGAUUCUGUGCAGGAAAAUUGUAUUUUAAACGUUUUUCAAAACGACUUUCUGAGAAUAUUCUACUGGUUAACACUGACACUUUGUCAACGAUUCAAUGUCCGUCCAAUGUUAAUCUUCCAAUGAUUCGCGAAGGGCUCAAUUAUGUUCUGUUUUCAGAUGAAGAGUCAAUUAACAUGAUUUGUACUAAUCGUGAUGACACUCUUGUUGUUAAGCAAAUAUUCAAUAGUUCUGGAAUUCUAGCAUUUGAUUUGCCACUCAAACUAGCUCGGAAAAAAUUCAGAACCCUGGGCUACGCAGCUUUUGAAGAUGAAGUACUCAAUCAAAAUCAAAUACAAAAGAUACAAUCAUCUUAUAACAUUUUUGAACCAAAAUUGCCAACGGAUAUUGAAAUUCAAGGAAUUGCGUGUGGCAAAGAAUUUGGACUUGUAAAAGCUUCAAAUGGAAAAGUUUAUUACUAUGGGAAAUCACCUUCUUUGGGUUUGAAAGCAGUUGGAAGAACACCAACAAUGAAAAUAACAGAACUGAUUAUUUCGAAGGUCUCAAAUAUUACACAGGUAGCAGUUGGACAUGAUGGGAUUCAUGCACUUUUGGUCAAUGAUGAUGGAACUGUAUAUUUUGCAGGAACUGCCCGUCGAGGUGAAGAUGGAGAUUCCUCCAAAAAUCGCCGGCAACCAAAAGCUGUUAAACCCAAACGGUUAACUCGCAUAGAUGGACAUGUCGUUAUUCAAGCUGCAUGCAAUAAUGGAACAUCAGCUUUUGUAACCAAGACUGGACGACUUAUUAUGUUUGGCAAGGAUACAGCACAUUGUGAUGCUCAUGGUUACGUUACUGAAUUCUCUGAUCAGCAUAUUACCAAAGUCGCAUUGGGUAAAGCACAUUGCGUUGUACUCAAUUCCAAAGGGCAACUCUUUACCUUUGGUCUAAAUAACAAAGGCCAAUGUGGCCGUUCAUUUAAUUCGAAACCCAAAGAAUCGAAUUACUCGAUGGAUACCAAUGGAGGAAGUCAAGUAGAUUCGAAUGAUAUAAAACCAAGUGAAAGAAGGCAUAAAUAUGAUAUUGCUAAUUUGUGUGAUUUCGAUGAUCAUCAUGUGGCACAAGGGCAAUGUAGGGUGUGUGUUGUUUGUAAGGAAUGCACUGGAUACAAUAUUUCUUGUGUGUCUUCUCUCAAUGUGCCGGUGGAAGAGAGAAUGCCAGGAGCGGUUUGUCCAUGUGGCCAUGGUGAUGCAGGAUGCUCCAAAUGUGGAUUAUGCUCAUCUUGUAUUGCUAUGCAAGAAACUGAACAUAGCGGUAAGAAUGUAACAAAAUCGUUACUUAGAAAAGAUUUGAACUUAAUAUUUUUAGAUCCAAAACAAUUGAGUGACUUGAGUCGUCAACGAUCAAAGAGCAUUAUUUUGCGUCGAAAGGAUAAGCAACCACGUGAAGAAAAUAAUUUGGCAUCAGACGCUGAAAAGGAUCCUCCUAGGGUCGCUCCUUUAGCACCACAACAUCUAGUCCUACCAUCGAACAGCCCAGUUGUACAGAUUGCUUGUGGAUUGCAUCAUACAGUGGUAUUGACUCUCACUGGAGAGGUUUUCACAUUUGGAAGCAAUCAAUAUGGGCAACUUGGAACUGGCGACUUACAAGCGGCAAGUGGUCCAGUUCAAGUAAAAGUUCAAGGUGCUAUUAGUCAAAUUGCUGCCGGAAGUAAUCAUACUGUCUUAUUGACUCACAAAGGGGUGGUAUACACUUUUGGAAACUAUCAGAAAGGACAGUUGGGUCGUUUACCAAACGAUUUUAAUAAGUCUUCAAUUCAUGAUGAAGCUUUAAAAUUACUAGAUCCAUCUAAAGAAGGAUCUACCGCCUCGGCAAUAAUGGCACAAAGACAAAAAUUCUUAUGGAAUUGUACACCUGGAGUUGUCUUUGGUUUGGGACCAAGCUUUGGCAAAAAAGCCACUUGGAUCGGUUCCAGUGGCGAUCAGACAUUUAUUAAAAUCGAUGAAUCUCUUAUAACAACUCAUAUUCUACCCAAGAUAAGUGUUGUUGCUGAUAAGAAAACAAUUUUAUUGAUUCCAACAAUUCCGUUGACUUUCCACGCUCUCACUAUAAAUCGACGUGAUGGUAGUUGCACUGCCCACUACAACAACCAAGUUAAUUUUGUUCAAAUAAUUCAGAGCAAUCGUAACUCUGAAAUGCCUGAAAUCAAUCAGAAUAUCGAUCGAAGUGUUGAUCAAAUGUCACGCAGUAUGCACGAGUCCAGGAAUCAAAUAUUCGAAGUUCAUGAAAACCAAAUGCUUAUGGGUGCUGGAGAUCAGAGAAAACGACGUCGUCAGGAACCAAAAAGUCCCAUUGAAAAACCAAUGCCUCAAAUUGCUUUUGCAUUGGAUCCGCAGUUUAAUGUUUUGUGGGUUUUUGAUGGAGGAGUUAAUAAGAGUGUGUUAUGCUACAAUGUUCUGGCUAGUGAAAUUCCUAAAAAUGGAACGAACUCAUCGAAUUUUAGAGCAAUUUUAUCUCCAGAACUGUCUCUACCUACAACUAAACCAGAUUCUCAAGUUUCUCGAUCACAAGCUUCAUUAAAUCUUCUCGCUUGUUUGGAUGUCCUUACAUCUGCUCAGGAUUUGAUUCCUAGUUGUUUUGAAGAUGUAACACCAGCUCAACAAAAUCAGACAAAAGAAAACCAAUCGAAUGACUAUCAAAUAUUAAAUCGAUUUGAAAACUUUGGCGGUGGAUGGGGAUAUUCUGGACAUAGUGUAGAAGCUAUUCGAUUCUCUUGCGAUACCGAUGUGCUAAUAUGUGGCUUUGGAAUGUUUGGUGGUCGUGGUGAAUAUUCAUGCAAAUUAAAAGUAUUCGAUCUUGGCAUCGAUGGUGGAGGCUAUGAAAAAGAUGGAGUUCUAAUUUCCGAAACCAAAGAAAUUCCCUUUGAAUGUCCAGCAAGAAGUAAAUAUCACAUUAUGCUGCCCAAACCCAUUACAGCAUCAUCUGGUCGAUGGUAUUUAAUUUGGGCACGCAUAGCUGGUCCAUCAUCAGAUUGUGGAUCAGCUGGACAAGCUACCGUUACCACCGAAGAUCAAUUAGUAUUUGUUUUUAAAAAUUCUAAAAAAGCCAACAACGGAACUGAUAUCAAUUCUGGGCAAAUUCCGUCCAUUUUAUACCGGCUCAUCACACAAGAAUCAAAACAACCAACACCACACAUUGAAAUUGAUCCAGUUCAAAAAAUUUCCAAAUCAUUUGCCAAUACAGUAACGAAAGAAUGUUUCGAAAGUCUUGUGUCGCUUUUGAAAUGGUCUUGGGAAUCAUUUAAAAGAAAUAUUCGCGAACAAAGAGAUAAGACACGUCAUCUGCAAGUUAAACAAUCUUUGGAAUAUUUGAUUUAUGUAAAUAAAUCUUGUUUGAGGUUGUUGAGGAAGUACACCAACGAAAUUUAUCCCCAGAAGACUGUUAAAGUCUCGGCAAAGAAGCUGGCAGAAGGAAAUUUGGCUGCCAAAUCAAGCAAAGCCGUAAAUAAUGGACCGAAGCAUUUUCUUGGAACAAGUGAAUUAUCGACUCCAACUUCGCGCAAGGCCAAUAUGGAAAAUGUUCAAUUGGCCGAGUGUAUUGGAAAUGUAAGGGCACUUCUAAUUGAGAUACUAAAUGACGAUAUAUUCAAAGAUAUUUGUAGUGAAGAUGGUUAUCGUAUGGUCCUUGAGAUUCUCGAAGAAUGCCAUACAAGUUUUGUUGCAUGUUUCGAUGCAUUCUAUCCAACAUCUUCACUUAAAUGGAAUUGUCUAUGUGAUCUUCUAUCGCAAAUGGAUUUGGGCGAAUUACAUUCUCGUCUUCUCAGUGCAAUAAUUGCUGGACUUUGUAGUCCUUCAAUCAAACUCAGGACAACAUUUUCGCUUUUAACAUCCGGAAAUGAAAGACAGUCUAUUGUAAGUCCAAGUGAUAACUUUGGUCUACCGAUGCUUUCUAGUUCAGAAAACCAUCAGUAUCCGAUUCUGGUGGAACAGAUGAUCUAUCGGACGCAACAAGAGAAGAGUGAAUUCACUAGUAAUACCUGGGCUUUCAAGGAUGUUCUCUUGAGACUUUUGGACAUUAUUUCAAGCCCAGUUAAGGCUAAAAUAGAAAAUAUCUACAACCAUAGUGUGAAUGUUAAUGACUUUAUCAUGUGCAAGGAUAUCAAUCAAGGUCUGAUCAAUAAUUGUUGCCAUCUUUUGGCAAGAGUUCUGGCUGAGAUUGUCUAUCAAACGUCUUUAAAUGAGUUUGAAAAAGCUUUCUUACCUCCCCGAAGUCUCCAUUCAACUGGCAAUAGAUUCUCCCGUUGCGAUGUAAGUCGAACAUGGAAUACUGGCAAUUUUGGCCCUGAUGCCAUAGCAUUUACUGUUGAUCGUCCAGGAAUUGCAGUUGCCGGUGCAACAAUGUAUUCAGGAUCUGGGAACUAUGAUUACCAAUUAGAACUUCUCUAUGACAAUACUGUUGACCUUCAAGCAACCGGGCAUAAAUGGGAAACACUUGAGUCUGUAUCGGGUUCAUAUGAUCAGGAUGCAGUUCACAAUGAAAUGGCAGAAAUUAAAUUCGAACGACCAGUUCAUAUUAAAGAAAAUACUCGCUAUGCUUUGCGAUUAUGUUCUCAAGGAGCUAGAACUUGUUCGGGGGAUUCAGGAAUGUCAUCGAUUCGUGGUCCAUGUGGGACAACUUUUACAUUCUAUUCAUGUGAUUUGAGUUUUAAUGGAACAACACCAUCUCGGGGUCAGAUUCCAUGCAUACUCUAUUACAGCAAUCCUAUAAAGAAUGAUGGUAAUUCAUUGACAUAUGCAAAUCAAGUUACAGCUCGAGAUACAGCCCUUCAAGUGGCAACUGAUAUAACUAAAAAAUGCACUGAACUAUUAAUAUUGGCAAGGAAUGCUUUGGCAGCAUCUUUAUCACCAAGUGAUAAUUCUUCAAAUCAUACUCAAACAAUUGAUUCGGAACAUAAUAUAACACCGAUUGAGGAACAUAUGGAUAUAAAUUGGGCAAAUAAUUCAAGGACAUCUGCACUUUCGGCGGAUCCCAAUUUGACCACAGCCAGAGAUAUCACCAAGAGAAUAGAAUCAUUCUCCAAAGGUUUGAUUGAAACUUUCAAAUUUGAUAAACGAUCAACAAAUCCAUUUGAUAUUGAGAUUGAAAUUGGUGCAACUGAGAUUCACCCAAAGGAUUUGAUUGAAGAAAGUGGUGCUAUUCAAGAAUUGAAUUAUCGCAAAGGACAUGUUGAUACUAAACUGAAUGGUAACGAUCGAACUGACAACGAGUUAGAUGUGAUUGAUAAGAGAAGUGAUUCAGAUGAUGGAGUUUUGGGAAGUCAAAUGACUGUGGUGCAGUUGCUUGAGGUAUUUAACACAUCAUCGGCAAAUGUGUUUCAUACUUUGUUGCCAUUGAUUUAUGCACAAAUUGGAACACUAGCUUGUAAUGAUCCAAAGAGUUCUGUCCAAAUUCUUGGACUGAUCAAGGAAAUUUUGCCACAUGUAGCUGCUUUGAAUCAACUUUAUUCGAGUAAAGAAUAUCUUACCCUUAAAUCCAAGGAUAAGAAGGUUGAUUUCUCAGCUUCAGACAUUAACAAGAAGAGGAUGGAUGAGAUUGAUAAGAGUAUGGAUACAUGUACUACGAGUAAUCAUUAUUGCAUUGUAGAAAGUGAACAUCCAUAUCGUAGUGGAUCCAUAACAUGUCAGAGAGUCGAGUUCCCACAUUGCGUUCAAUGGUUUGCUAUUGAAUUUGAUCCACAAUGUGGAACAGCUCAACUUGAAGACUACUUGUUGAUUUCUAUUCCAACUAAACCAUGUAUGAUUGAACCUUGUCAAGUUGAUAAUGAUUACUUGGAUAUGCUUGAUAAUAAUAUGUCAAUGCAGAGGUCGAGUUGUAAGAAUGCCAUUGUGACGAAUUACACUCGGGGUAGUGGAACAAAUACUAAUACAAAUGACAAUGAGUGGGUUGUUAUAAAGAAGUUUAAUACAGUUAGCAAUUGGCCACAAAAUGUUAUCGUUUUGCCUGGUAAUCGUGUGGAAUUUUCUUUGGAGACAGCUUCUCUAUAUGCUCAGGAUCCACAUAGUAAUCGAUUUGGAUUUAAGUGUCUUGUUGUGGGCUAUGAUAAUCCAACAACUAUGAAUGCAAAGAAUUCUUGUUUGAUAAGAUUAGAACAUGAACUGGCUUAUCUUGGUGGGAUGUGCAGCGCUAACUUGAUGAAAAAGGAUUUGAAUUUACCAGAUGACAAAGAAGUCGAAGAUCUAUCAACCAUCGAAGACACACUCACAAAUCAUCAUGCUCUGCUGUCAAAAGGAUUCGCUCUUUCCGAAUCCAUAUUAACUGUUAAUCAAGCUUUAGAAUCUUAUCUACCUAUUGGAUCUCAAUCAAAUGAAAGGCAAUUCUUGAAGGAUUUUAUUAGUGGAGCACCAGGAUCUUCUGGAGCUCGUCUAGCAACAUGGCUACAACCUGAAUCACGCCUCGAUCCAAAUAAAUGUGAAUUGAGCACUAUUGAUGAAGCCCUUCGUUAUGGCUGGCCAACUCAAAUUACGGUGAAAAUAAAGGAUCAGUAUGGCGAUGCAGUUCUCGUCCCUGAACUAAAGGUCGAAAUAAAAGCCAUUCCAAGUGGCAGUGGAACAUCAAAUGGAAAUAUUAAAAUGCGUCGAGUAUCCUGCACCGAUACAACAUCAUUUGGUGGAAUCCAACCACCACCACGUCUAAACUAUGAGCCAACAAUUAAAGAAAAAAUGUGUUUCAAAGCCAUAACUUUCAUGAAACCCUAUAACAAUUACUCAUUUGAAGAACUACGAUUUUGUAGUCCAAUUCAGACCAGAAUUACUGAGACACUGUAUGCUCAAGAUAUGGAAGACGGUACUUUUAGUGUACAUUGGACUCCCAAUUCGGUUGGAAGUUAUUGUUUGACCGUUGCUAUUGAUGGUAUUCCCUUGGAGGAGGUCUAUCGUGUCGAAGUGAAAGAAGGUGGCAUGCCACCUCCUUCACACAAGCACACACUCAAAAAACCUCAGCCACCAAAUAAGCUACGGAAGUUUAUUGCAAAAAAUUCAGCUGGCUUGAGAAUCCGAUCACAUCCAACUUUACAAUCCGAACAAGUUGGAAUUAUAAAGCUCAAUGGGAUUAUAUCGUUUAUUGAUGAAAUCGAAAACGACGAUGGAAUUUGGCUACGACUCUCGACCGAAUCCAUUCGACAGCAUUGCAACAUUGGUUGGUAUCCAACGGAGGCUUGGUGUUUGCAAUACAAUCAGCAUUUGGGGAAAACUCUGCUAUAUCCUGUGACAGAUCCAACAACAGUUACAACGACGACAACAAGUGCUACCACUUCAACUCCAAAGUCGAAUUCAAAGCCAAAGCAUAAGAGUUUACUGGAGAAUAUUGGCUCUCCCUUGGCUAUUCCACCUGAUACCCCUUCAAAGCCCAAAUCUGCUACACACAGCAAUAAAUCGUUCGAUUUUUCUCAAUCUAGAUUUACUCCUCCUAAAAACUCCAUGGUUGAUAAUAUCUUAUCAUCAACAAAUCCAUUUGCACUUUCAUUUAUGAGCAGUGCAUCGGAACGUUCUGAUGAAAUGGGCAGUGAUAGUGAUCAAGCUAUUAAAGUUUUUGAAACUCAAGUCUCGACAUCGUCAAAUGAUUCACAUAAUCAACAAGAAGAAUCUAUGGCAACAUCGCAUUCGUCAAGUCCAUCGAAUAUUGGUUCGGCAAUAGCUGGAGUUGUUGGUGGAGGUGCGAGUAAACUUCAAGCUUUACAGAAAUGGUUUAAAGGCGAUAAUAUGGAUGGACGAGAUUCACCGCGAAAAAGAAGCGAAUGCGGAGACAUUGCACCAAUAUCAGCUCGAGAUCUUAUUCGUGCAAUAGGAGUUCAAGAACCAAGAGGUAAUGGAAAUACCAGUUCGGCUAUACCAUCGAGUCAAAGCUCAAGUCCAUUGCAGAUUCCAAAAUCUCUUGAUGCUCCAUCAAGGAAUCUUAGUAAAUCCGCCGAAACAUCAAAUCAUUCCGAGUUUCCCGAAAAAUCUGCAUCACCCUCGUCAACUUUUGCGGAAGACAAACCGAACGGAGAAUUUGAACAUAAUUUAGUCGAUCCCUCCUCCAAUGGCAGUGAUGGAGAAAAUGCUACUCUUACAAAUAAUGUUUUACCAACCCCAACUCAUGUUGCACGCAAAGGACCAAAAAGAGAACUUCAGGAUCUACGAACAAACUCAAAUCUGCCUAAUCUUGAUAUCAAGGUUGCAGAACAAAUGGGUUUACUCAAUGAUUCCGAUGAUAAUCUCUUUUCAACAAAAUUAUCAACUGCUGGUACCGAUCCACCGAGUCCACCACUUUGGCCAUCCUCAGUUGGUACAGAAACUUUUGCUGAUCUCAAAACAAAAGCUCGUGAAACCGUUACUAUGUGUCCUCUUAAACGAGCCAUGCCACCAUCUUUGGCCGAAAGUCUUCGAGCAGUUUUUGCAGCCUUCUUAUGGCACGAGGGUAUUGUACACGAUGCUAUGGCAUGUGCAUCGUUUUUGAAAUUCCAUCCAUCGUUGCCAAAAGAAGGUGCUGCUGUUAUCACUCGACGCGAAUCUGGAGAAAACAAAAUAACUCUUUCGCGAGAGCAAAAGGCUCAACAACGACAUUCGGUGGAAGUUGCAAAUGCUGGAAACUAUUUAAAUAUUCGACCAUCUACCCUUGAAGCACUGACCAAGUGUGGAAAUUCAUGCUUAAACAACCGAAAGUACAGAAAGAAUAUGAGUGAAGCGAAUGAAAAUUCUGAUUCCAAAGUUAAACUACACUCGCUUCCAGAGAUUGUAACAGUUCUGCCUCCAGCUUUAAGGUGUUUGGUCUAUUUAUGGGAGCAAGUUUGUCGUAAUUGCAUUCAAAUAGUUCAGUCAAAUACAUUAGAGCGUCAAAAAAGCUCUUCUCCUACUCGUGAAUCUCUGAGUGGAAAGGAAAAAGUUGAAGUUACUGAGAAGGAAGACAAAAAAUUGAAGAAAAAGAAGAAGGAUGAGGGCUAUUGGUGUGAACUGUGUGAGAUAUUUCUACCAAUUCCAGUAACUUAUCACAUGCGAACUAUUCAUCCAGGAUGUGGUAAAUCAGCUAAGGGCAAAGGUUAUAAUUCAGUUGGUAUGUUCUGCGAAGGUUGGGCGGGUAAUUGUGGUGAAGGCGGUAAAGGAGCUUCAAGUUGGUUCCUGAUGUGUGAUGCAUGUCGAGAGAAAUAUGUCUCAUCGAACAAAAACAUAAAUAACAUCAACAAUUCACCAAAUGCCGUACAUUUGCCAGAAAUGAACAUAUUCGGAGUAAAAACAACCACACUCUUAGCCAAUUCGGAAAUAUACACAACAAUGAAAGAGAAUGCUAUAUUCCUUUUAGAAUUGUCCACAAACAAUACAAAUAUACCCCCAACAGCAGCAUCGAAACGAUCACCUCAACAAAUGCCAGUUGUGGCCGAACAUCAGUUGAACAAUUUGGCCGAUUUAAAUCUGAAACCCAGUACAAGUCGUGGAGAUUCUACUCCGAAUUAUAAUUUCAAUCGACACAGUCGUGUUGGACUGAGAAUUACUGGGAAGAUAUUUGGACAAUCUACUCCGAAUCGAAAAAGUUUCACUGGAUGCAUAUCACCAGACUUUAUUUGGAUGGCUCCCGAAACUUUUGCUUGUCUGGAAUCUCUUGGAGCUACCGUAGGUGAUGACCUUCCCUAUGAAAUAUUUGGCGCAACAGCUGCUGAUUGUUACGAGAGGCCCCUUUCCGAAAUCUCGUUUGAAUCAUGUGAUCCGAAUAAUUUUGAUACCAUGACUGCCUCUGGUACUGCUCAUGGCAGUGGGACUCUUUCGAAAUUCCACAGAAGCUUAUCCAUGGGUCAAGGUUGGUCCAAUCAACAAUCAUUCAAUAUUCGGACUAUGGUCAAUAAUGUUGUGGAUGAAAGCCAACAACCAAAAGUGGUUUUUCGUCGAAGGAAUAACUCAACCAAUCAAGGAGAAGGCUCCCUGCUCAUCUGCUAUCCUUCUGAGAAUCUUCGCAAACUUGUGCCCGACAACCUUCUCAACACAUCAAUUGCAGCACAGAGUUCAGCAUCUGGAAGUGAACGUUUGAAUGUUGAGCCGACCGGAGAGCAAGUAGCUCAAAAUAAACUCAACAAUGCAAAUAGCUUUCAAUGUAAUGACUCAAAGCUUGAUUCAUCCAGCAGCAAGGAUUACUUUUUCGGAAGUACUUAUGAACAACCACCAUCAUCUGAACAUGCUAGUGUGAUGGAAAUAGUUGACGCCAAUAUCAAUGGACUAAUCAAUCGUCCAGCAAUUGCUUUCAUCACACAGAAACACGACUUGGAUAAGCUUCGUUAUGCUAUGAAGAGAAGUCUUCGAAUUGCCACUUGUAGAAUCUAUUCGUUGCAAGCAUUAAAUUGGCUCAUUCGUUCGGUGACACAGAGUGUUUGUCUGCAUGAUCUUAUGUGGUGGUUUGUGGCUUCGCUAAGUCCAACCAUGGACUCGUCAGAAAUUGCAAAGCUAGAAGAUGGGGAGUUUUCGCUUGAACACCCUGUAUCCUUCACCCAGAUAAGUGGAGGUUUUUGUCACAUCAUCACCCAAAGUCUACACGUUUUCUUACAAUCUGUAGCUGAUUUGACUCUCUAUCUGCCCGCUGGAUCACCACUCCAGAGGAUUGCCAUUCAAAGCUUUGGCAUUAAAUUUCGACAAACUGAUCAUCAAUUUCUUCAUAGUUCCCAUGUCUUUGGAAAUAUCUCCAAAAUACUCUCCAAAUCUGAUGAACAGAACGAAGCAAUGGGAUUGUCUUCGAUGACAAUGGGAGAGUCUAAUAUCCACGAUGCAAUGGGAGAUCAUAAUUUCGUUCGAGGAUCUGGUGCAAAGUCUCUGAACUACACCGACUUAAAUGGAAUGUUUGAGAUUACAGUAUCAUCAAGGCAGGCAAUGUCCGAAUCGCUUACAGAUAAUUCCACAGAAACAUUCUGGGAAAGUGACGAAGAAGAUCGAAACAAAUGUAAAAUAAUCGAAGUCUCAAUGAGCAAGUUGAAUUAUACUUGCAAGACCAUUCUGGUGCAUAUUGACAAUAGUCGAGAUAUUCAAAAUAAAGUUGCAAAUGUUGUCUUCUAUGCUGGACAGUCUCUUGGUGAUACAACUCUGAUCAAGUCAGUUGACAUUGAUCCAAAAGCUUGCGCCUGGACAUCUGUCAAAAUCCCAGACGAAACUUACACUCAUUUCCGACUAGAAUUCCGUGGCCCAGAGAAUACCCUUCGGGUGAGGCAAAUCAAGCUCCUUGGUCUGCCAAAUAAUCUUGACGAGCUUACCCAUGGAGCAGCAAAGGCAAAUUUGAAGCUUACCAAUGCCACGCGAAUCCAACAGCAAAUUUGUGAAGCUGAAACUCUGAGAGUAUUCCGAUUGAUUACAGCUCAGGUCUUUGGAAAGCUCAUAGCAACCGGCGAGAGUAAUCGAAAGCAUUCAACACUCGAAUCAAGCAGUGUCAACUCACUGUUGGCUGAUUCCCUCGAUUUGCGUGAGCACAUGGUGGGAAUUCUCUUCAGUCGAAGUAAAUUGAGUCACCUUCAGAAGCAAGUCAUUGUUCAUAUUGUUCAUGCAAUCAAAAAAGAAGCCCAACGAGCCAAAGAAGAAUGGGAAAUUGCCAAUGUGGCUAAUAAUACAGUCUUUAAAGAUGCCCACACAUCUGUGGCUGAUCAUAAGAGCGAAUCUAGCACAAGUGAACGUGAAAGAUUCCGUGCUCCAGACACUUACUGCUUUGAAAUGUUAAGCAUGGUUCUAGCUUUGUCUGGAAGUGCUGUUGGUCGUUCAUAUUUGUCCCAUCAACAUGGACUUCUCAAAGAUUUACUGAGUCUCUUACACACUGGCAGUGAUCGUGUCCAGCGACAAGUGACUGCCCUUCUUCGUCGUAUUCUCCCCGAAAUUAGUCCUGAAGUAUUUUCUGAUCUACUCUGCGUUCAAAAAAUGCCUCCAUUUGACUUUAAUAUUGUCAAUCAAAAUCCUGAAGAUUUCGAUAUGAAUCGUUUAGGAAUUUUGGACAUAUUCCUAGCGGUCAUUGCGAAAUCCUUGCAACUUCAGGUUAAAAUUAAAACCAACAGCACAACAUCAAAAGCUCAUAUUGAAAAGAAUCCAUCAUUUGUGAGACUUUGUCAAUCUUUGGAUCUUUCAGUGCAUCAAUUGAGGACGGUUAAUGUUAAACCACCAGUUGAAGAGGAUGAUUUGGAUAUUCGAGAUGUUUGUAUGUCGCCAUUUGCAAAGAACUCAUCAGAUUAUCCCGAGAUGGUUACGUCGAAGAAAAAACCCAAAGAUGUCACCAAGAACAUCAAUCAACGAUGGUUCUUAAAGUCUGGAGUUAUUUCAAUGAAACAAGCUGAAAGUAUCAUAAAUCUCAUCAAGGAUAUGGCAAGUGGAAAACUAUCAGACAAAUGGUCACGUGUAACCAAAGCCGCCAUUGCUGAAUCUGUACUGAAUCUGACACGACUCGAGGAAAUCUUUCGAAGUCCUGAAAACUGCAUCAAAACUGCUACACUCUGGUUAGCUCUAGCCAGCUUGUGUGUCUUGGAUAAAGAACACGUUGAAAAACUUUCAUCUGGACAAUGGUCAAAAGUCUCUGAUAGUCGACCAAUGUGUACCAAUCAUGACGAUGGAGAAACUGCCGCAAUAAUUCAAUGUGAAACAUGUGGCUCCCUCUGUGGGGAUUGCGAUAGAUUUUUACAUUUGAAUCGAAAAACUCGUAACCAUAAACGAACAGUUUGCAAAGAGGAAGAAGAAGCAAUUCGAGUUGAAUUGCACGAAAGCUGUGGUCGAACGAAAUUAUUCUGGCUUUUAGCUUUAGCUGAUUCCAAAACCCUGAAAGGCAUGGUUGAAUUCCGAGAUGGAAGUCAUACAAUUAUAUCAGGACCUCAAGAGACAGUUGGUCGAUGUAGGUUUUGCGGAGUUACUGGCAACUCAGGAUUGCUGGAAAUUGGAAACGUGUGCUCUGACGUUCAGUGUCAGGAGUACAAUGCAAAUUCAUGUUUGAAGACUAAACCCUGUGGACAUAUGUGUGGAGGAGUGGCCAAUGAAAAGAAAUGUCUGCCUUGCUUGCAACAUGUUUGUCAUGUGAAGGAAAACGAAAUGGCUGAAGAGCUCAAGAAGCCACGACUUACUCAAGAUGCUGAUGAUAUGUGUAUGAUUUGUUUCAUUGAAGCACUGUCGUGCGCGCCAUCUAUACAUUUGGAUUGUGGUCAUGUUUUCCAUUAUCACUGCUGCAAGACAGUUCUGGAGAAACGAUGGAUCGGUCCUAGGAUUACAUUUGGGUUCUCCUUGUGUCCCAUCUGUAAGACUGAUAUUCAGCAUGAUCUUUUGGCAGAAACCUUAGAACCUAUUAACUCUCUGAAGCAGGAUGUGAAACGAAAGGCUCUUAUGAGAAUAAAAUAUGAAGGAAUCGUUAAAACAACUGAAGCUAAAGAUCUAACCAAUGUGGCAAUGGAUCGAUAUGCUUACUACGUUUGCUUCAAGUGCAAGAAGGCUUAUUAUGGUGGUGAAGCACGUUGUGAUGCCGAAGGUGGUGAAGUCUUUGACCCAGAAGAAUUAGUUUGUGGAGCAUGUUCGGAUGUAGCACGUGCUCAAAUGUGUCCCAAACAUGGUACUGAUUUCUUAGAAUACAAAUGCCGAUAUUGUUGUUCGGUAGCAGUGUUUUUCUGUUUUGGAACAACACACUUUUGUGACACUUGUCAUGAUGAUUUCCAGCGAUUGACAAAUAUACCAAAGAAUAAAUUACCACAAUGUCCAGCUGGACCCAAAGCUAAACAGUUGUUGGGUGAUGAAUGUCCAUUGCAUGUGAUUCAUCCACCAACUGGGGAAGAAUUUGCCCUAGGAUGUGGUAUUUGUCGUAAUGCUCAGACUUUUUGAAAUUAAUAAUUUAACAUAAAUGAGCUUAUUAUAUAAGAAAUAAAAAAAGACAUUCAACAAAUCUUGAUGAUAAUCUUGAUAUUAUUUAUUACAUAAUUUAUUAUACAAAAAAAAAAACCAAAAAAUUAAAAACAGAACUGUAGUUUUAGAAAACUUAUCACUAUUUAUUUAAUUUAUUAAAAACAAACAAAAAAUAAACUAUGCAAUGAGAAUUAUUUAAAUAUAUUAAUGUAUUUAACCUUUACAAUAA